ACAGUCACUGAAAGAGGAAAAAAAGGAGCGCAUUGCAAAUGGAGUCCGCGUAAUAAUCAGAGCACUUAUAUAUAUAGAAAGUUGCAAUUGACAAUGGCGGAAACUGUUAACAGUUCCACCAACUCUAGCUCCUCUCACCAGAAGCACUGCCCUGAGCAAAACCCUAGCUUUCGCCUCUUCAACAACAAUGGCCGCUUCUUCUUCUCUCUCUUUUAGGCCUCUCCUUAGCUCCCUCGCCACCGAUCUCAACGACGUCGGUUUAUCGCCUGCGAAUUUUGUACCAAGCUUUGGGGAUUCCCUCGUGAGUUUUAGGUUAAAAAAGUCAACAACGCUGAGGGGAAAGAGGUUUUUGUUGUCUGGAAAUAAAUUCAAAGUGAAUUGUUCAGCUGACAGAGAGAUGGAUGUGAGCACUUCAGCUGUGGUUGAUGGUGUUGCGGACUGCUUAAAUGAAAUUGAGCUGAAAGAGCCUAGUAUUUCAACAAUUCUGAUGAAUUUCGAGAACAAGUUUGAUCCUUACAAUGCAAUGAAUACGCCACUUUACCAAACAGCUACUUUUAAGCAGCCUUCAGCAACAGAAAAUGGUCCUUAUGAUUAUACCAGAAGUGGAAAUCCCACACGGGAUGCCUUGGAAAGUCUUUUGGCAAAGCUUGAUAAAGCAGAUCGAGCAUUUUGUUUCACUAGUGGAAUGGCCGCUCUGGCUGCUGUUGCUCAUCUUGUAGGGACAGGUGAGGAGAUUGUUGCCGGAGACGACCUGUAUGGUGGUUCAGAUCGGUUGCUGUCACAAGUUAUUCCAAAGACUGGAGUUGUGGUGAAACGAGUGAACACGAGUGAUUUAGAUGAAGUUGCAUCUGCUAUUGGCCCCUGGACGAAGCUUGUGUGGCUGGAGAGUCCCACCAAUCCUCGACAAAUAAUUUCUGAUAUUCGCAAAAUAGCAGAGAUGGCUCAUGCACAUGGUGCUAUUGUGUUAGUGGAUAACAGUAUAAUGUCCCCUGUAUUGUCACAGCCACUGGAUCUAGGAGCAGAUAUUGUUAUGCACUCAGCCACUAAGUUUAUUGCUGGACAUAGUGAUGUCAUGGCAGGUGUUUUAGCUGUUAAAGGGGAUAGCUUGGCAAAACAGCUAUAUUUCUUACAAAAUGCAGAAGGCUCUGGGUUAGCUCCAUUUGACUGUUGGAUCUGUUUACGAGGAAUUAAGACAAUGGCCUUACGUGUUGAGAAGCAACAGGACAAUGCGCAAAAAAUUGCUGAGUUUCUUGCUUCCCAUCCACGAGUGACACAAGUUAAUUAUGCAGGGCUUGCUGAUCAUCCUGGACGUGCCUUACAUUAUUCUCAGGCAAAGGGUGCAGGAUCUGUAUUGAGUUUUCUGACAGGUUCACUGGCAUUAUCAAAGCAUAUUGUCGAGACUACCAAAUACUUCAGUAUAACUGUCAGUUUUGGAAGUGUGAAGUCUCUUAUAAGCCUACCCUGCUUCAUGUCUCACGCAAGCAUACCAUCUGCCGUGCGCGAGGCCAGAGGUCUAUCUGAAGAUCUUAUUCGUAUUUCUGUGGGAAUCGAGGAUGUGAAUGAUCUGAUUGCCGAUUUGGACUAUGCACUUAAAACCGGCCCUCUGUAGUUGCCUGAGGGUAUCUGACUGGCAGUGCUUAAUUGACAUAAAUGCAUCUGCUUUGAAAGAACACAGGAAGGACUUUUCCGUUUACUUAAUUGACUAAGAAAUUAUUAGUUGAGAAUACAUUUUAAUUUAAAUUUGAAAAUGUGGGCUCUGUACAUAUGUUGGUAAAUCAAUCUUAAACAUGAUUUUUGAGAACAACGAAAUGGAGUUAGUGCUCCUGCUGAACAGAAAUUUUUAUGUUAUCUAAAAAAGAAGCGGUAUAUUUCCUUU